AAGGGGUGGAGGGGAUUUUAGCUAUAAACCUGGCUAACCUGAUUAGUUGGACAAUACACAUCCUGGGUACAAAUACCAGCUCCUCCCUACUGUUCACUCCAUCCUCAAGCUUCAGACCUCACAAAUUAGUCGAAAACAUCACUACCAGAUUCUAAACAACAAUGAGCCCAAAAAAUAUCGUCUUCAAGAAAAUUUCCAAGGACAAGUCGGUGGGUGUGUAUAUGGGAAAGAGAGACUUUGUUGACCAUGUUGGCUCUGUGGAUCCAGUGGAUGGUGUCCUUCUCGUUGAUCCUGAACAGCUGAAGGCGAAAAAAGCAUAUGUCACUUUAUCCUGCACAUUUCGAUAUGGAGGUGAUGACAUGGACGUGCUGGGCAUCGCGUUUAGACGAGAGAUCUAUGUGUCAACCCGGCAGAUAUACCCCCCACUGCAGGACAAAGAACAGGGCAUUCUCACCAAGGUGCAGGAUAAACUACUGCGUAAACUGGGUGUCAAUGCCUACCCAUUUUUCUUUGAAUUCCCUGACAACUUACCUUGUUCAGUAGGACUACAGCCUGCCCCAAAAGAUGUUGGAAAGCACUGUGCUGUUGAGUUUGAGGUGAAAGCUUUCAGUGCUGAAAGCCAGGAUGCCAAAGUUCGCAAACGGAGCUCAGUACGUUUGAUGAUUCGUAAGGUCCAGUAUGCUCCAGAAACUCUAGGACCAGCUCCCUGUGUGGAGACUACUCGUGACUUUCUCAUGUCUGACAAACCGUUGCAUAUGGAGGCAAGCUUACAGAAACAGACUUAUUAUCAUGGGGAACCGAUCAACGUAAGGGUCAAAAUUAAUAAUGACUCUAACAAAAAUGUCAGGAACAUCAUAAUUUCUGUGGAACAAAUUGCCAAUGUGGUGCUGUACUCCAGUGACAGUUAUAUGAAGGCAGUGGCCAUAGAAGACUCUGGGGACUCUGUUGAUUCUGGUGCCAAGCUGGAUAAAGUCUACACGUUGCUCCCCCUACUGGCCAAUAACAGAGAGCGAAGAGGCAUUGCACUGGAUGGAAAAUUGAAGCAUGAAGACACCAAUUUAGCCUCUUCAAGCAUCAUCAAAGAAGGUGUUCUGAAGGAAGUUUUGGGGAUCAUGGUGUCUUACAGACUUGUUGUGAAGCUUAUUGUUGGAGGGAUUAUGGGAUCCAGUGAAGUUGGGGUGGAGCUCCCUUUCCAGCUUAUGCACCCGAAGCCUGACACAGUGAAAGAAAGUGAACUGGAGGAUGAAAUGGUUUUCGAGGAGUUUAAGCGCACCUACUUGAAGGGCAUGGCCGAGGAUGAGGAUGAGGGAAACAUUUCACCUGGCGAACACUGAGGAAUGCAUGUCGUUUUUGAAGCAUCUCUCUAUGACUUUUUUUAAGGCUGCUCAAAACAGACAAUCAUAUAUAGAGCAUUGCUGCAAUAAAGCACUUUGUUACUAGCAUUUAAUUAGCAGACAAAGCUGUCAUUUUUAUUGAAUAGCAUAUUUUUCUGUGAACCAACCAAACCAUGCUGCCACAAAGAUCCACAAGGAUCUCUGGAGUUGUAACUGAAAUUAAUAGAGAGCUUUGUUUUUUUAUUUUACAGUAGUGGGAGCACUCCCCUUUUGAUACUGCUGUAGUAGUUUGGUGUGUAUCUUUAGAAAUUUGGAAGAAACUGAUGUCCUGGAGAUUGGUGACUACUGUACAUAGUAAUAGUCCAUAAAAAGUAAAACUACAGAGUAAAAUCCUACCUGUGUUUUUGGUUUAACAGUUAUUUUAGACCAACUUUAUUUGUAUGCAUAAAUAAAUGUAUUAUUACAAAUUACUCUAUUAUAAUAAAAACUGUACUGUAGCAGGAUGUUCAGUUUAUGUACACAUGAUAAGGAAAGUAAAUACUAUUUUACAAUAAUUACAAAAAACAUUCAAUACACGCCAAAGUGACUAAAUCAUAAAACUAAAAUAAACUAAACUAACUAUAAACUAAAAUGUUUAUAUUAAUCUCAAUAUUAUAAUACAACAAUUUCUCAAGUGACGUUGAUUGUCAACUGAUUGUCCUAAAAGUUACAGUGUAAAAAUGAUUGUGAUCUUAAAAGUAAAAGACUGUAAAAAUGCUAUAGUAAAAACCUGUUAAUUGGUUAUCAGUAAGUUUCCAUACUAUAUACAGUGAAUAACUGUAAUUACAUUUAAUGUAACUAUAUGGUAAAAUAACAUUAAAAUUAACGAGCCAUGAGUUUUUGGAAGUGAAAAAGAAAAAGGCAUUGUUGAAUUUACAGUGAAAAACUGUAAAUUGACACUCCCAGAAUUCCCUGGAUGACACUUCAUAUUUUGUGGGUGGGGGGUUUCAUUGAAAUAACUAUAUUUCUUCUUUUUUUUUCUUAUCAGUUGUGUACAUUAUGGUUUUAUCUUUCAUCUAAAGUUGUUAAAUUAAAGUUUAUUGCAUUA